AUGGGUGAGAAACAACAAGUGAAGAAAUUCAUUAUAGAAAAGGAUGUAGGUGAUCUGGGGAAGGAGGUAGAUACUACUGCUGAGGAGCAUGUGGUUGAGGGAGAAGGAAGUAAAGAACCUGUGCAAAAAGAGGGUUCUGAUGGUCUUUCUUUUAGUUGGACUAAGGAUGAGGAUGAUGAUAGGGUUGAAAAAGAAGAAGAACAUGUGAACAGUCAUAAGAAGCAUGAUGCUCAAAACAUAGCCAAUGAAGAAGAAAAGAGUGAGAAUGAGGGAACAUCUGGAGAUGAGAAGGAGAGUGAUACAGAUGAUAAGGCAGGUGAACAAGUAAAUGAUUCAGCAGAAGAAGAAAAUCAUAGGGAAGAAGAGGACAACUCCGAAAGUGAGGGUGAGGAUCAAGAAAAGGUGAAUGAGAGUGAAUGA